GCAGCGGAGCGGUCACUGCGGCGCCGACCGCUGGCGAGGCCGUCGGCACGUGGUCGUCUCUGCGAGGACGCGCGCGGCUUUCGUAGCUGACGUCACAGCAGGUGUUUUCCACCGACGUCACGUCACUAACUGUGUUGCUGUACGCCUGACGUGUGGCGAGCGGAUGCAGGCAGGCGGUAGAACACCGAAAUGACGCUGUCGAGCGGACAGGGAGGUUAUCUGACGAGUUCUGGCAGAUAGAGAACGAGUCACUCCUCCGCUCGGUCUGCUUCUGACAUGUGGCCUCGUGACGCCCUUCUGGUUGUUGGGCUGCUCGGGAGCGUCACACCUGCUCCAGGUGGUCGCUGGCCCAGGCACCAGGAGAGGUGUGGUGCCCCACUUCUCGUCGCUGCUUUCGUCAAUGACACCUCCCACCUGGAGCGCGGGGAACUGUCACGCCUGGCCGCGGUGGUGCGCUGCUGUCGGCUCGCACCCCCCACCAUCCGCCACCAGCAGGGUGCGACGCUGGGCGACGCCGACCUUUCCGCCUCAACCGCCGCCGUCGCCGUGUGGAGGCACUGCUACCCGCGCAGGCCCGCCAACCUCACAGACGCGUCGCCGCCGACGAUAGUGGUGCGCGCGUUGGCAGAGGCGGCGUCGCUGCAGCCGUGGGGCGGCGUCUCCGUGCGGCCCGGCGCCGGGCUGCGCCUCGACUGCGUCUUCCCACGAGACCGGGGGCGGCCCGGCUGGACGUGGACUUCCAGCCCGAGGCAGUACCUCACAGGUUGGGCGGUGACGGCGUCGGAGCGCUCCUGGAAGUACCGGCUGGCAUUGCACCGCAGCGAGCCCUCAGACACGGGCCUCUACACCUGCUCCACGCCGCGCGGACUCACCAGCAGCGUCGCCGUCGCCGUCACAGGAGAGCCGCUGUCCCCGCACGAGACGUACCUGGGCGGCAGCUACGAGGACGGUGACCUGCGGCAGAGGGCGGUGGCGGGGGCGACGCCGAGGGCGCGCUCCCGGCGGAGGCGUGGCCACCCCCGGGGCCGGCGGAGGCGGCGACCCUGGCUCCACGAUGGGCCAUCGGCCGCCCGCUGGCGCGACUGAGAGCCAACAGGCAGGGGCGGCUCUCGCUCGCGGGGCCACAGGCGGACAGAGCGGCGAUGUGCAUCCCUGUGUUAACACGCCGUGCUGAGUACACCGCGGACAAGGCGGUACUGUGUGGUUGACGUUAAUACGUGAAGGUAACCAGUAAGAACCCAGACGAUAUGAGAAACUGCUAACAUCGCCAUUUUGAUGGUAAGUCCUGGAGACUACCAGAAAGUGAUUACUCCACAACACAUUUCACAAGCAAUUACUACAGACAUUAACGCACUAGAGAUGUAAAUUCGUCUCUUGAUGUAAGAAGAAUCCAACGGUGAACCGGCUCCAUUUGGACAAGUUGCAGAACGUAAAACUGCGAUUACUGCGUUGCACUCACCGCUUACUGCCCGAGUGUGGAGCUUGCUUUGACGUACUCCUCUAAGUUUGCAAAACCAUACAAUGAAAUAGCAUUUCCGAGUGAUAUAACAUUUUUAUUCACUUGUGAAUACGUUAACGUAAGGUGUGUCUUCUCCUAGUUCAGAGAAAGUUUAAUUUUUCGCUCUUUCUGUUUCUUUAAACGCAUAAAUCUUGUUUAGGAGUUUAUGGUUUAUAACUUAUUCGUGUAGCACCAGUCGAAGUAUCGCGUUCUUCUUCUGGUAUUAAAGAUUGCAAGAAGUGUACUUUCUAUGCAAGUUAAAUUUGUUCGUUACAUAGGUUUAAUAUGUUCAGGAUUCGGUCUCGCCUGUAGGGGAGUAACACAUUGUUACUGUCCCUUACUCGCCGUAACUCCCCUCCCCCAAUCGUGCCACAAAUUCCUAAAAUUUUAGUAACGCCAGUAAUACAUCAGUCAAAAUUUUGUAAUAUGCUGCUUGUUUAUAAAAUAAUUUUACAAACGUUUGGGCAGGCUCCCUAAAUCAAGACAAGAAAACAGUAUCAGAGCGCUUAUUCACCUUUGAAACAGUGAGACUCAUGUCUUCUGUUGAAGUGCUCAUAGCCCCUGAGGUAUGCAUUUUGGAGCCCGUGUUGACUGGACACUAUCUUCUUCUUUUUAGCCCGUGCUACCUCCUCCAAAAACAUGAAAAGCAAUGAACUACAGUAAAAGAAAGGUGUUUCACAACGUCUAAGAUGAACAAGCGUUCAUUUUUUUUAAUGAACACACCGCCGUCAUAAAUUAUGACCUAUUUUGAGAUUGAUGCCGUGCAAUAUAUGUUAAUGACAUAAAGUCAGUCACCUGAAAAUGGCAUAAAAGGCUGUGAAACAUGAGUCGUAAUGAAAUAAACAACAAUACAAUCAAACUGCAGUGUGUUAAUUUAAAAAUUAUUGUAUGGCUGUUGCUCAGCAACAUCAGAAUCUAUAUAAGCCAUCAGUAUUUCUUAAGGUGUGCAUUUGAGAGCUCAUGUUUACUGCACACUGCUUUUCUGGUUUUGUUGUAAGGAACCAGCUCCGAAGAUUGUAAAAGAAUUUUGGAAACACCCUGUUUAUAAGGGACAGGUAUUUAAAAUUGUUUUUGGAAAUAUAUGGAAAACAACAAAUCGUAUUAAAAAAAAAAGGUUGCGAUAAAAGCCGUUCGUUUUGAAGGAGGACAUCCAGUGACACUAAACUCGAACUUCCUGGCCCACCCGCAGGUGCCAGGGAGCAACUUAAAAUCUUAAACAGGAUCCCACUAUUUUAUUGCGGAUUCGUAUUUUCCGGCGAAAGAAACCUGACUUUCUUCUUUAACAUUUUAUCGUUGCGUGGUAGAUGGGCCUGUAGUCGACAAAAUUUAAAACUGGGUGAAAACCUUUGAAGAAUGAUAAUAUCUCCAGAAAUAUACAUCAUAUUAGGAUAGCAGGAACUUAGAGAGACUGUUGUUUUAAAAUAUUUAAUGAGAAACAUGUUUUUGUAGCAAAGAACUUUAUUCUCCAGAUCAUAAUACAUUACUUUCUCUGCAUUGUUACUUUGUUUUUCGGAUGAUACUCAACUUACCUUAAUCACUAGGAAUCCUCCACUGAAAGGACGAUUCAACUGACCACGAUUCAUCGUAGAAAAGUAUCUAUGAUAAAAUCAUCAGAGUCUGCUAGAAUUUGUUCCACCCAAUUGCAAAAAUUCAAAUAGUUUUUACAGUCAUAUCCAUGUGCAAGUAGUUAUCAGUGCUACGAUAAGUGAUUUGGAUGGAAUUUGUGUUCGCGUAAUUCCUGAAACCCAUUUGAUAUGCCGACAGUUAAUGUAGUUAUUGCUGUAAAGCCGAAUUCUUGUUAAAGAUUUUAGAAUAACUGCCAUUCUAUGCCCUUGAGCUCCUAACCUCAGGAUACCGAGAGAGUGGUUAGCACAGUGGACUCGCAUUCGGGAGGACGACGGUUCAAUCCCACGUCCGGUCAUCCUGGGUUAGAUUUUCCAUAAUUUUCCUAAAUCGCAAAUGCCGGGAUGGUUCCUUUGAAAGGGCUCGGCCGAAUUCCUUCCCCAUCUUUUCCGAAUCCGAUGGGACCGAUGACCUCGUAAUUUGGUCUCCUUCCCCAAAUCAGCCCAACCAUCCUAAUCUGAUGUGUAUUUCUUGAGAUGAUAGCAUUUUUCGACGGUCUUAGCAUAUUUUAAUUUUUGUCGAUUAGAGCGCUCUAUAUCUUGCAGCGAUAAAAAUGUUAAGCUAAAAAGUUAUGAAUUUUUCCCGGGAAAUCCAAAUCUGAAGUAAAAAACUGCGAUUGCCAUGUCAGAUUUCGAAAUGGACAAUCCUCCCGCCACUUGUGGGUGGAACAGGGAGACAAGCUUUUUGUCAUUGGAUGUCUCCCUUCGAGACGAACAGCUUUUAUUCCAACCGUUUUUCAAUCGGAUUCGUAGUUUUCCAGAUAUUUCCAAAAAGCAAUUUCAAAUGUCUCAUCCUGUAUACAGGGUGACGAGAACAAUCUGAAGAGCUUGUAAGGGUGAUGAAGUGUAGAUUGUGCUGAGGAAUAACUGAUAAAGAAAAAUCGAGACGCUGCCCCAUUUCUGAGUUAUUUGGUAUUUAGUUUAGCCAAUCAGGCCGUUGGGCCCGCAAAUUCAACAGCCCGCGAGAGACGAUGUCGCCAGAAGUGUUCUUCGUUUGAUUUCCUAAAACCGAAUAAGAGAACGAUACAGACGUUGGACAUGGGACGGUAGUAAGGAUCGAACACGUAACAAAGGCUGAGUUGUCUGGUCCGCUAUCACCUACUCUGUGGAAACAAAAAAAUUUUUCAAAUGGCUCUGAGCACUAUGGGAUUUAACACCUGAGGUUAUCAGUCCCCUAGAACUUAGAACUACCUAAACCUAACUAACCUAAGGACCUCACACACAUCCAUGCCCGAGGCAGGAUUCGAACCGACGACCGUAGCAGUCGUGCAGUUCCGGACUGAAGCGCCUAGAACCGCUCGGCCACCGCGGCCGGCUCUGUGGGGAAGACUGACACUAAUUGUAUCUGGCGGGCCACUUGGGUUUGCACUGGGCAGCGGCCUAAUCGGCUAACUCCUAUGCUAAUUAACUUGGAAACGGCGCGAUGUAUCGAAAUUUUUCUUAACAACAGCCUGAGAAGCUCUUCAGAUUUUUUGACCGUCCUGUACCUUCACAUCAGCAACAUCAGUACUUAGGUCAUCACUUUAGCAUCAUAUCCAAAAAAGUCCAGUUCCGAGCAACACAAUAUUUCAAAAGUGUUCUUCCGAAAUUUUGAGAAGAACGGGUGUCACGUCAGUAAUUUAACAACUGUAAUACUAACGAACUCUCACCGCUUUGACAGUCUCAUGAUUUACUCAAUGUAAAAUUUGUUUUCAGCAUUUCACUUAGCACUACAGCUGGACAAUGAUUAUAUGAGUGUAUAAAUGAAGGGAAUACACUUUAUUUCAAUAUUUUUUCGCAGGUUUGGAAAGUCAGUCUUUGAGUUAUAUUUCUUUCUUAGCGGAGGGUGUUUCCCUUGCUAUCUUACCUCAUUCAACAUUUGUCGUUUGUACGUUUUACUUGUAGACUUGGCAAAGAUGUCGGGUUUGUUGGUGCUGGUAGGUACGGUCACUCUAGGUAUAUGCGCCCUUAGCUGACUAGAAUUUCACGGGCAAGGUCGUAACAAAAAACACGUGGGCAGACCCUCGCAUAAACAACUGAAAAGAUACCUACAUUAAAUGUAAUAAGGGAGAUAAUAAUAGUGUUUUUCACUAUUAUGGCAGGCCAAGUAUUUUUUAUUGAAUGGAUCACCAAGUCACCGUAAACAAAGGCAUGAACGUUCUACCAAACGUCCAGUUACAGGACAACAGAUACUCACUCCUUGGUCACGGAGCCAUUUGAGAAGGUCCCCACCCUUGGAAAAUGCCUUUCCUCCCAUAUGUUGUUUCAACUUGCCGAUAAGCUGUAGAUCGCCUGCUGCAAGAUCUGGACAGUGCGUCGGAUCAGCAGCACCCACGUAUGUUGUUCCGGGUGAUGUCGAAACAGCAUUUGCUCCAUGUACCACUAGAAGCUCGAAGUGAAUCUAUGUGUAGAUUAAACGUUUUGCCCACAAGACGCGUCCUGUCUCGCGUACUUUAAUUUGCCGUGCCAUUUCAUGUCCACUCUGUGACGCACUUGUUAUCCGUACCGUAGCAUAACUGCGUCUGCAGGAAAGCUUGUCCGUGUACUCUUUUCCUGACAAUGAGCCACACUUAUUGCGCAGUGAUCUCUGUGUGAGACGACACGACGACACUAUUCUUUGAAGUCCUAACGUAGCUUCUAAUUUACAAAGUUCCUUGCCAUUUUGUAAACUCUUAGUUUUCAUGCAAACUUUAGUCUCCAAGAAUCAGCUGUGAAAUUUGAAAACAUGUAUGUUCAUACAUAUAAACACAUUUUUUGAAAUUUGUUUCGGGAGAGGGAUUGUAACGGCAAUGGAACCCCCUCCCCAAAUUCCCAAACUGGAUCCGCAUUUACCCGCGUUAUUCUGUGUAAAACAAACCAUACAAAUGACCUCAUCAAGAUAUCAAAAUGUGCAAAAUCGUUUCUCAUAGCAAUCAACUUCUUCUCAUUUGAUUAUCAUUACAAGCUGGAUGCUCACACACUAAUGAUCCCACCCGAAUACUAUUUCUCAUCUGCUGACUACAAAUGUCAGUGGGAUUGUGUAAUGAGUAGUAGAGUACCGUGAAAAAAUAAGACAACCUGUGUACUGGCGUAAGCUUUGUACAGACAUGUUUGAAACUCUUGGUACAUGCUGUUUAUCGCAGAGUGCCAAUCUCUCAAACUUCCGGUAUUUCGAAUAUACGGAAAGAAACAUUACUAUCUCAACCUCUUUAACAUCUCGCGUGGUGUCCACGAUGAUCAUGAAUAUUUUAGUUUCCUGUUUAGUCAAGAUGAAUUGGCAUACAUUGCUUGUGGUCUGACACACCCAUCUCAUUAAUGAGAUAUAAAACGCAAAGCACAAACUUUCAGAAAAUACAUUAAACAGGAAUUUUAUUUUCAAAUUUAUGAAUCCCAAACCUAUUCCGUAAAUAAUAUUACUACAGAGAUGCACAGUCUCAGGUAAGAAUGUGGGACGUCAUUUUAUAAAUCCUUAAUGAUGAUGUCCUCCUCGCCGUGUCCGGCGACAGCGACUCCGUCAGUCUUCUCUGUCCUUGUUGUGGUAGGCUCGGAUGUGGCUCGCGAAUCCGAAUUUCGCUUUGAAUAUCCUGUUGCAUGGAGCACAGUGAAGUUGACCAGCAGAGUUGUAAGUAUCUGUGUAGGCAGGCUUGAGCUGAGAUUUUCGGAGCUCUCUUUUAGCAUCCAGGUUCAUUAGACGCUUUUGCUCGAAUUUUUCGAUGCUCUUAUGUACAGUUGAUCGCCACUCCGAUCGGCGCAAUGCUAGCUCCUCCCAACGGUUGCUUGGGAUGCCACAGGCUGCAAGGUGGCGUUUAAUGGUGUCUUUAUAUCGCAGGUGUUGACCACCUUUCCUCCUCUUCCCGCACGAGAGCUGCGAGUAGAACAUCUCAGUUGAUGUUUCAUUGUUAAAGCUUCAAUACCAGCCAGUUUCACGCGGCGCAAAAUCUCCGUGUUUGGGACACGGUCUUCCCAUUUGAUGCGCAGAAUUGAUCUCAGACAUCGAACAUGAAAUUUAUCUAGCUUCUUAAUGUCAGCAUUGUAACAGCACCAGGUUUCCGAGGCAUAGAGUAAGGUGGAUAAUACUACUGCUUUGUAGACUGCAAUUUUUGUUUGUAGUUUGAGAUCAUGUGAUUUCCAUACUCGGUCAUUAUGCUUACCGAAGGCUGAGGCUGCGCUGGCUAUACGCGCUGCGAUUUCCGUUGUCAAGCUGUUAUCACAUCUAAUUUGGUUUCCCAGGUAUUUGAACUUUGACACAUUUUGCAAGGGUUUAUUAUUUAUCUCAAUACUGGAGUCAUCUGCAUUAAGACCUCUAAGUGGCUGUUUGAGAACUUGCGUCUUAGUGAUGCUAAUGGCUAAGCCAAAUCUUCUGCAGGAGGCAUUUAGCAGAUUUAUGUAAGUCUGAAGAGUUUCGCAAGAAUUAGCCAUCAUGCAUACAUCAUCCGCGUAGAGAAUCUCUAAGAUGGAUAGUUUGGUUACGCGACUUUUUGUUCUGAGGCGAGAGAUGUUGAAGACACUUUUGUCUGUCCUUGCUAUAAUUUACUAAUCGCAAGUGUCAGAAGAAGUUUAAUUUAAAAAUGAGUGUAUUUUGUAACUGAGUACUGUACUCUGUCCCUAUUUUGAAAUGUUAAUUAAAUCAAAAAUUAAAUGAAAUAACGACGGAGAGACAGAGUAUAAACAGCAAACAGUGGAAAAGACUCACAUCGUGUGUGUACACAAAACUGCGACGAAUAUUUUUAAUCGUGUUAUUUUUUCAUAAUGCAGAAGGAAGUUAAUCUCAAUUUCCUUAUAUUUGACGUGCUAUUUGCUACCGGACUAAUAAACAGAAUACUGUAAGCUUAAAAAAUAAAGAGUUUCGCGUUAUUAACUUAAUUAAAAUCGGUUAUUUGCCACCUUUUAUUUCAAAAAAGGCAGUUAUCCCUCACACAUCCGAACUGCAUCUCUUGAAACUUUGACAAGCAUUCUUAGCGCUUUUAUGCUUAUUAAUUAACACAUACCUAAAGAAUUCCAUCAUUUCCAUGGUAUCAGCUAUAAACCGUUUCUUCUGAACGUACAGGUAUCUAAUAGUUUGGUGACCAAAAAAAUGAAUGAAAAAAUGAGCAAUUUGAAUAUCACUUCAAUAUUUACAUUUAUGGUUGAAUGAAUAAUCCUUAGGAAUAAUGUAUUCCUCAAACACAUCAUUUAUAUGAAAAGCAUUAAGGAAGUCAAUAACAGC